UCAAAGUCGCCCUGAUGUGUGGAAUUUUGCUGCAAAGAUCACUCAAGAGGCCGAAAUGAGAGAAAAUACGACAAAAAAAAAGUCCCUUGUUUUCACUUUAUUUCUUCUCACAAAUCAGACUUUAUUACAUUUUAGCGACUGCCAGCUUAUAGACAUUCGAAACUCGCUUGUACGAAAACACGGAAAAUUGAAAACCGAGAACUCUCUGCAAGAGCAAGUAAAGUUAUUUCAAGAGGAAUUAGGGUACGUCUCAUUUUUGCAUGCAUCUCACGAAAUCAAACGCAGAAAGGAGAGAGAUGUCCCACACAGGCGCUAUCUCCACAAAAGAGGAAGCAAUGUUCACAGUGGAGUAAGGGCUGAAAUUGCUCGAGCCCUUGCACAUCACAUCGAAGGUAUGGAACCUAACUUUAAGUCAGCGUCAUUCCAGCAACUCUGGAGUGAACUGAAAGCGCCACUUACUGUUGUAAUGAGACCAAGGAAAGUAGAGGAACUUUUAACAGACCUAGAGAAAUGUCACUUGGGGAACACCCUGCAUGGUUAUGAAAUUCCAUCAGAUUUGGAUGGUAUUAAAAGAGACUUGGUUAUUUGCAAAAUCUACGAAACACUGGAGAAGAAUGCUGAAACCUCUUCUGGUGAAAAGUCCAACGACAACAAGCGUGAAUACGCCCAUAUUCGGAAUCUCCUCAAGCAGCCGCUAACCAGUUGUUUUAAGGUCGCAGAGCUGUCGUCGUUGAUGAAUGAGUUGGCGCAGUGUUUACCGCGGUUUGAGUUGGCUGGAAUAAAUUACCAGGUCCCAAGCAAGAUGUCUGAGGUGAAGAGAGAUGUGGUCAUUUGUAAAGUUGAUGAAGUAUUUAAUAAAACCGAUGACAAUGACUCGUCAGGAAGUGGAAGAGAGGUUUAAUUCAAUCCCGCCCCGAAGAAUAAAUGAUAUGCAAUUUCACGCCCUAAAACAUCGAAUAAUACUUUAUGGACGUUUAAGUUAUACCAAUGCACUAAAGAGUUAUCCUCACAGCUGCAAGUCGUAACCAUGAAUUACUAAAAAACCAGCAAUGAAACUAAUUUAAACCCAUUGAUAGGAAAAAAAACCAACGCGGAAAGUGCUAUGCCUUUUAUAUUAUGAAAUGUUCCUUUCGAAAAUUUAAUUUUUCUUACUAACUACUGAAAAGAUAAAUCUAUCUAAAGGAAAGAAGUUGCUCAGUAAUAGACUCUUCGGAAAGAUUGCUGUAAAGUUCACAGAUUACGAAUUAUCCUAUCGACUAAAUGAUUCAUCCAUCUAACCAUCCAUCCACCCAGGAAUACAUGAUAAAAUCCUUCUCAUCAUGCAUACUCACGUCAACUGAUUCAUUUAUGCAUGCACACAUGCAUGCAUGCAUUAGUGAUAUGUCUGCCUGCAUUCAAAACCAGGGACUCAGUUUUCGAUUAUUGAAACUGUCACAGCAGUAAACGUUUGAAAAUGAGUGUGAGAUGGUGAUUUUCUUAAACUAUCUCUCCCGUGAUUGAAAUGUAUGACUCCUUUAUUUCAUUUCAAUGUCGAGAAAUGAUGAAAGUGCUAUAAACGUGUAAUGUAAUAUUUGAUUAUAAAAUAAGGAAGUCGAAGAGAUAAGUGAAUUAGAAAAAAUUACUCAUGCCGAAAAAAAUAAAAAAAUCUAAAUGUAAGAACAGCUGCAUUUUAGCAUAAGGAAAUAAAAAUUUGUUUUGUAAUUGAAAUUUUCCAAUAAAAUUACAAG